GUGUGUGUGCUACAUUCAUAACAACGCGAACACAACCUGUACCUUGCUAUGUUAGCCACCAAGGAGCCUCCUAACGUUCGAUAGCGAAUUAAACCACUGCUUUUGAGAUUUGGAAAAUGACAGUUCGUGCAGGGAACUGACGAAAGCAUCCUCUUUGCAAAGUCCCGCAACGUUUGGAUUUAUGAGCCUUUAGUCCGUCUUUGAUUUAAAACAAGGCGCAGUUGGAGGAGAAACCGUCUUGCUUGGAGUCCAGAGCAGUAGAGGCACCUACUCCAGCAGAUCCAGAAAUGUUAAAGAAAUGAUAGCAGCGCAGGAUUUGCACACAGAGUUUCAGUUUCCUCAAGAGGCAGAGUCUCAGUUGUCUUCAGAUACUGACUUUGAGGAUCCUGAUGGCAAAAAUGCAAAGGCAGGAAAGGGCAUGGGGGCUAAGAAAGGGAGGAAGGCGCUUGGAGACAAGGCCAAAGGUGGGGGAGCAGCCAGGGUCCCUGGUCUGGGCAGGGUGAAUGGCCAUCACCAGGAGAACGGGAUGGAGAACAUGACCCUGUUUGAGGUUGUUAAAAUGGGGAAGAGUGCCACACAGUCCGUUGUCGAUGACUGGAUUGAGGCGUACAAAAAUGACAGGGACGUUGCUCUCUUGGACUUAAUCAACUUCUUCAUUCAGUGCUCUGGCUGUAAAGGUGCUGUGAGUGGAGAGAUGUUCAGAAAUAUGCAGAACUCCGAGAUCAUUCGAAAAAUGACAGAGGAGUUUGAUGAGGACAGCGGUGACUAUCCAUUAACUAUGUCUGGGCCACAAUGGAAGAAAUUCCGGAUAAGUUUCUGUGACUUCAUUGCGGUUCUGGUGCGUCAGUGUCAGUACAGUAUCAUCUAUGAUGAGUACAUGAUGGACACAGUCAUCUCGCUGCUCACCGGCCUGUCUGACUCACAAGUCAGGGCAUUUAGACACACAAGCACACUCGCAGCCAUGAAGUUGAUGACAGCCCUGGUGAACGUCGCUCUGAACCUGAGCAUCAACAUGGACAACACACAGAGACAGUACGAGGCAGAGAGGAACAAAGUCGUUGCAAAACGGGCCAAUGACAGGCUGGAGCUCCUGUUACAGAAGCGUAAAGAGCUUCAAGAAAAUCAAGACGAAAUUGAAAACAUGAUGAAUGCCAUUUUCAAAGGAGUGUUCAUUCACAGAUACCGUGAUGCUAUUGCUGAAAUUCGAGCUAUUUGCAUCGAGGAGAUAGGGAUGUGGAUGAAGCUGUACAGUGAUGCCUUCCUCAAUGACAGUUACCUGAAGUAUGUUGGCUGGACAAUGCACGACAAGCAAGGGGAGGUGCGUCUGAAGUGCCUGACUGCCCUACAAAGUCUCUUCUACAACAGAGAGCUCGGUGCUCGACUGGAGCUCUUCACAAGUCGCUUCAAGGACCGCAUUGUGUCUAUGACUCUGGAUAAGGAAUAUGAUGUUGCAGUGCAAGCCAUUAAACUGCUGACACUUGUCUUACAGAGCAGUGAUGAGGUUCUGACAGCAGAGGAUUGUGAGAGUGUGUAUCACCUGGUUUACUCUGCACAUCGGCCCAUUGCUGUUUCAGCAGGAGAAUUUCUUUUUAAGAAGCUCUUCAGUCACCGAGGUCCAGAGGAGGAGGGAUUACCCAGGAGGGGCAGGCAGAGCCUCAAUGGCAGUCUUAUCAAAACUACUGUCUUCUUCUUCUUGGAGAGCGAGCUCCAUGAACAUGGGGCCUACUUGGUGGAUAGCCUAUGGGAGUGUGCGUCGGACCUGCUGAAGGACUGGGAGACGAUGAUUAGCCUGUUGCUGGAUGAGCCCAUGCCAGGGGAGGAGGCCCUGACUGAUCGCCAGGAGACGGCUCUGGUGGAGAUCCUGCUCUGUGCCGUCCGGCAGGCCUGUGAAUGCCACCCUCCAGUAGGCAGAGGCACAGGGAAGAGGGUCCUGAGUGCAAAGGAGAAGAAAACACAGCUGGAUGAUCGGACACGUAUCACAGAGAUGUUUGCCGUUGCGUUGCCUCUGUUACUGGCAAAGUACUGCGUUGAUAUUGAUAAGGUGACCAACUUGCUACAAAUACCAAAGUACUUUGAUCUUGACAUCUACACAACUGGUCGGUUAGAAAAGCAUUUGGAUGCCUUGUUGCGGCAAUUCUGGGAAGUGGUGGAUAAGCACACAGACACUGAGGUCCUGGAGGCCUGCUCUAGCACCUACCAUUAUCUCUGCAACGAAGAGUUCACCAUCUUCAACCGCGUGGACAUCGCUCGCUCCCAGCUCCUCGACGAGCUCGUAGACAAGUACAGUAGACUCCUGGAGGACUUCCUGCAAGAGGGUGAAGAACCAGAUGACGAUGACGCCUACCAGGUUUUAUCGACGCUCAAGAAGAUCAGCUCUUUCCACAAUGCACAUGACCUCUCCAAGUGGGAUCUCUUCGCCAGCAACUACAGACUGCUCAACACAGGGCUGCAGAAUGGGGAUAUGCCUGAACAGAUUGUGAUUCAUGCAAUGCAGUGCACACAUUACAUCAUCCUCUGGCAUCUAGCAAAGGUUUCGGAUGGCAGUUCAUUAAAGGGAGAUAUGGUGACCUUGAGAAAGCAAAUGAGAGCCUUCUCCUUAAUGUGUCAGCGUUACCUCAACAGCAUCAACACAGCAGUCAAGGAGCAGGCCUUCACCAUACUAUGUGAUCUGCUAUUGAUCUUCAGUCACCAAAUGAUGUCUUCAGGCCGGGAGCAACUUGAGCCUCUGGUCUAUACGCCAGACUCUUCUUUGCAGGCAGAGAUGCUCAACUUUAUCCUGGAUCAAGUGUUCAUUGAUCAGGAUGACGACAACAACAGCACAGAUGGACAGGAUGAAGCCAGUAAAAUUGAGGCUCUGCACAAGCGAAGAAACCUUCUAGCUGCCUAUUGCAAAUUAAUCAUUUACAAUGUUGUGGAAAUGAACACUGGAGCAGAUAUAUUUAAACAGUAUAUGAGGUUUUACAACGACUAUGGAGAUAUCAUCAAAGAAACUAUGAGCAAGACGAGACAAAUUGACAAAAUACAAUGCGCAAAGACACUGGUCUUGAGCCUUCAAACGUUGUUCAAUGAGAUGUUGUCUGAACUUGGUUUCAAUUUCGACCGCUCAUCAUCAUCCUUCUGUGGCAUUAAAGAGCUUGCCCGACGCUUCUCAUUAACUUUUGGCUUGGAUCAGAUGAAGACCAGGGAAGCUAUUGCCAUGUUACAUAAGGAUGGAAUUGAGUUUGCUUUUAAAGAACCUAGUCCCCAAGGAGAGGGGAGUCCGCCGCUUAAUCUAGCAUUUUUGGAUAUUCUGAGCGAAUUUUCGAGCAAGCUAAUGCGACAGGACAAGAGAACAGUUCACUUGUACCUGGAGCGAUUCAUGACAUUUCAGAUGGCUCUGCAGCGAGAGGACUGCUGGCUGCCCCUCAUCUCCUACAGGAACUCCCUGCAGGCUGGAGGAGACGAUGACACCAUGUCUGUCAUCAGUGGGAUCAGCAGUCGGGGAUCCAGCGUGAGAAGUAAAAAGGCCAAGCCAGCCACCACUAGCAAAAGGAAACUGCCUGAAGCAGAAGAGAACAGCUGCAGCAGUAGUGAUGCGGUCUGGAUGAACCGUGAGCAGAACGUGCAGACGCCAGUGAUGAUGCUCUCGCCCCACCUCAGCUCUACUAUACUGAGGGAUCCAAAGAAGAUGAGGCCUGAGGAGAACUACACCAUGCCAGAAGAGCAGCAUCCCCCUCAGCCUGUGCCUACCCAGCAGCAGUCGCACCAGCACCACCAGGCUGCCAUGGAUUACAAUACCCAGGUUACUUGGAUGUUGACACAGAGGCAACAAGCUGAGGCCCGUCAGCAGCAAGAGCGGGUUAGCAUGCACUAUACCAAGAUGAGGAACCACAUGCAGCAAGCAAUUCGCCGAGGCUCUGGACUCAUGGAGGAUGACGAGGAGCCAAUAGUGGAGGAUGUGAUGAUGUCAUCUGAGGACAUCAAUGAGGGCAUGGAUUUUGACACAAUGGACAUCGAUUUGCCAGCAUCCAAGAAUCGCCGAGAAAGAACCGAACUAAAGCCGGAUUACUUUGAUCCAUCUUCCAUCAUGGAUGAUUCUGUUCUCAAUGUCUCCAUGUACUGAAAAAAGGGUGGACAGUGUGUCAUCGAAAUCUUUGGAAGAUCUGUGAAAACCAGAAUGGAGCAAAACGGACUGUUAUAAAUGGUUUGCGAUACACCAACGUUUGCCUCUACAACACUUUGUUAAACUUCGAGUGAAAGCUUGAAUUUGAAUUUAAUUCUUGAUAUUUUCUCACACCACACUGCAGGAGAAGUGUAUCUGGUUUUUUUCAGUUGCCCUCAAAAUUACUUGAUGUUAGCUUUUACUAAAGGUGACACUGUUUGGGUUGAUAAAAGUGCCAGUACAGACAUUAUGUUGCAGGUGCAUGGUGAGGGGAGAAUAAACAGACUGAAAUUCAAAUUAACAAUAUGUACCUUUAAUCUUUUUAAUUCAGUAGACUUAAAUUGUCUGAUGUAAAUACAUAUAUCGGCCAAUAUACAGGUGGGGUGAACACAAUUUCAUGAACACCAGUAGAUAGAAAUAUAAUAUCCCAGCAAAAUAUUACUACCUUUAUAAUGCUUGUAGCAUUCAUUUGUUGUUGAACUCUAUAAUGACACUGCACUUUGUCACAGGGGUGUUAAUUAUAUUCUAUGGUAAUUUUACAGCCAUAUUUUUCGAAAAUGAUCAUAGGCUCCAAUCAAUGCCUCUCUGACGCAAUCUAAACAGGUAUUGAAUAUAAGCUGCAAAAUAAAUCUGCAUUAUUUUCAGGGCUAUUGAAUUGGACUGCAUUACAUUGUGAAGCUGUUGAUGAUAUUGUGUUCAUCCGGUGUAUUUUUUAAACUGUAGAUUUCCGCAUGGCAUGUAGCCAUAUAUUGAAACAUGUACACAGUAAAGUAUAAUGUGAACUGGUGUCUCAUACUGUUCAAAGGCCUUGCCACAAAUGAUAUACGGCAUUCUCAGAUUUCUUUGUGAUGGUAUUUUUUAGAAAUGUAUGUGUUCUGCUUUUAUACCUUGUAGAUUACUUUGAUUUUUAGAUAUUUUGUAAUGACAAUCAAAUGUAAAUUAAUGGUUUCUAAUCAUGGUAUUUCACAUAGAUGCUGACAGAAUUGUUUUUAAGGGAAAUGAUUAUGUUACUUAAGAUAUGGCCAGCUGUUUGUAUUUUCUUUUCAUCUCUAUAAUGAAUGGAUGAAAAAGUAAUUUCUAACUGCAAUUGUUCAAAUGUAGUAAUUUGACAAAUUGAUGGCUGCAUCUAAAAUUAUUUUUUAAUAUUGGGAGCACUCAGUGUCAUACUUGAGAUUUUAACUCAACCUCAAACAUAUAAUCGCUUAUAUCUUUAAUAUUUUUCUCCACUGUAUAUUACCUAAUAUCUAAUAACACAGACAUGCCAUAAUCUUUGAAAGAAAGGGUUAGAAAAAUGGUUGAGGGCGUGUAUUGUUUGUUGUUUUUUUGUCAUGUUUGAAGGUGUGCGGAUUGUUUUUCAAAAAGCCAAUUUAUAAGUGUACCACUGUUGCGUGUGUAAGAGUUAUAGGAUUAUAAAUAAUGAGGUUUUAGAGUACUUUAGUAAAAUAUUAUAGUAUCAGAAUUGUAUAUUAUACAGUAACAAAAUGUGUAAUAUAUUGUGAAGCGGUGCUGAUUUUAUAUUUGCAGUUUCUGUUAGCUUGAAAUUUUAGGGAAAGUUUAAAAAUAUAGUCUAUAACUAUUCAGAGUUAACCUACUAAUUUGCUCUGUGUAUUGGCCUGGUUGGCAGAUUGAUAUUUUAUGGAAAGGAGUGUGUCCAUGAUGUAGUUGCAUAAAAAUCUCAAAAUUUCCUCACAAUCUCACUAUAUCCAAGAGAAACCGAUCACAUGGUCGUAAACAGCACAUUCACAUUUAAUAUUCAUGUUUGGCAGAUGAGGAAAAAUAAAUCUUUAAAUUGCCUGUAAAUGAUCAUUAAUCACUUCAUUUUUCUGUUUUGCAUUGAACUGCUGAAAUGUGCAUACAUCUGUAUGUUUACAAAUAUUUAAAUAUUUGUCCAUAUUAAAUUUGUGUUUUUAUUCUA